AUGGGUGCGCGCGCGCUGGCGUUGCUGGCGCUUCUGGGCAGCUGCGUCCGGCCCGACCCCGACCCCGGCCCCGGCCCCGGCCCGGGCCCCGGCGCGGACCCCGACGGCGCGUCCACGCUGGCCUUUGUCUUCGACGUCACCGGCUCCAUGUACGACGACCUGGUGCAGGUGGUCGAGGGCGCGUCCCGCAUCCUGGAGACGUCGCUGCGCCGGCCCAAGCGGCCGCUCUUCAACUUCGCGCUCGUGCCUUUCCACGACCCAGAAAUUGGCCCGGUGACCAUCACCACGGAUCCCAAGAAAUUCCAGUAUGAGCUCCGCGAGCUGUACGUUCAGGGAGGUGGCGACUGUCCAGAAAUGAGCAUCGGGGCCAUCAAAAUCGCCUUGGAGAUUUCCCUCCCCGGGUCGUUCAUCUACGUCUUCACCGACGCCCGCUCCAAGGAUUACCGGCUCACCCAGGAGGUGCUUCAGCUCAUUCAGCAGAAACAGUCCCAGGUGGUCUUCGUGCUCACGGGAGACUGUGAUGACAGGAAUCACAUCGGGUACAAAGUUUAUGAAGAAAUUGCUUCUACCAGUUCUGGCCAAGUGUUUCAUCUGGACAAAAAGCAAGUGAAUGAGGUACUGAAGUGGGUCGAAGAGGCGGUCCAGGCUUCCAAAGUCCACCUCUUAUCCACAGACCACUUGGAGCAGGCUGUUCAUACCUGGAAGAUUCCUUUUGACCCCAGCCUCAAGGAGGUCACCGUGUCCCUGAGUGGGUCUUCCCCCAUGAUCGAGAUCCGCAAUCCUGCAGGCAAGCUGAUCAAAAAGGGUUUUGGCCUGAAUGAGCUGUUGAACAUUCAGAACUCAGCCAAAGUGGUGAACAUCAAGGACCCCGAACCUGGGCUCUGGACAGUGAAGACGUCCAGCAGUGGAAGGCAUUCCAUCCGCAUCACUGGUCUCAGUACCAUUGAUUUCCGAGCAGGCUUUUCCCGGAGACCGACCCUGGAUUUCAAGAAAACCAUCAGCCGGCCAGUCCAAGGAAUUCCGACCUACGUCCUGCUGAAUACUUCCGGGAUUUCGGUCCCAGCUCGUGUACAUCAUCUAGAACUCCUGAGUAUCUCGGGCACUUCCCUGAAGAGCAUCCCUGUCAAAUAUUACCCGGAGAGGAAGCCGUACGGCAUCUGGAAUAUUUCCGACUUCAUCCCGCCCACGGAAGCCUUCUUUCUCAAGGUCAUGGGCUAUGACAAGGACAAUUAUCUCUUCCAGAGAGUAUCCAGCGUCUCUUUCUCGAGUAUUGUCCCAGAUGCCCCCAAAGUGACAAUGCCCACCAAGACCCCCGGCUACUACCUGCAGCCAGGCCGGAUCUCCUGCACCGUGGACAGCCUGCUACCCUUCACCUUGAGCUUCCUCAGGAACGGAGAGACGCUGGGCGUGGACCAGUAUCUAAAGGAAGCCGCCACGCUGAGCUGGGACAUCGCCGAGGUCACCCUGGCGGAUGAAGGCCCCUACGAGUGCGUGGCCGUGAGUUCCGCAGGCACCGGGCGGGCGCAGACCUUUUUCGACGUCUCAGAGCCCCCACCGCUGAUCCAGGCCCCCAGCAAUGUGACGGUAGCCCCAGGGCACAGAACGCUCCUGACGUGCGUGGUGCUCAGCGCGGUGGAAUACAACCUCACCUGGCAGAGGAACCAGCAGGACGCCCAGCUGGUGGAUCCUUCCAGAAUCCGCGUCCUGGCCAACCUCUCCCUGGAGCUGCGGAACGUGAAGCCGGCCGACGGGGGACGGUUCGAGUGUGUGGCGGCCAGCGAAGGGGGCUUGGCCACGGCCUCCGUGUUCCUCACCGUGGAAGAGCCGCCCCGAGUCUCCGUGGUACCCAGGAACCAGUCCUUCACAGGGGGCUCCGAGGUGUCCAUCAUGUGCUCGGCCUCGGGGCACCCCAGGCCCAAGAUCGCCUGGACCCUGAACGACAUGUUCCUUGUGGGCUCACACAGGUAUAGGAUGACCUCGGACGGAACCUUAGUUAUCAAAAAUGCGGUUCCCAAAGAUGCAGGCGUCUAUGGCUGUGUGGCCAGCAACCCCGCGGGGACAGAGAAGCAGACAGCCCUGCUCUACUACAUCGAAGCACCAAAGCUGGUGGUGGUUCAGAGUGAGCUCUUGGUGGCCCUGGGGGACACGACCGUCCUCGAAUGCCAGCCCUCGGGGGUGCCACCGCCCCGAGUCCAGUGGUUCAAAGGCGACCUCCAGCUGAGACCGUCCACCUACCUCCUCAUCGACCCCCUGCUGGGACGGCUGCAGAUCCGGGAGACGCAGGACCUGGACGCAGGCGAUUACACCUGCGUGGCCACCAACGAGGCCGGCAGAGCCACGGGCCGGAUCACGCUGGACGUGGGCUCACCUCCAGUCUUCAUACAGGAACCUACGGAUGUGUCCAUGGAAAUCGGCUCAAACGUGACGCUGCCCUGCUAUGUCCAGGGCUACCCAGAGGCCCGGGUCCAGUGGCGUCGAUUAGACCAGAUGCCCAUCUUCUCCAGGACUUUCCCCGAGAGGUCCGUCAACCAGCUGCCCACGGGAGCGCUCUUCAUAUCAAACUUAUGGGCAAGUGAUAAAGGAACAUACGUUUGCGAAGCUGAGAACCAGUUUGGAAAGAUCCAGGCCCAGGCAACGGUCACAGUGACCGGGCUAGUUCCGCCUCUGAUUGGAAUCAGCCCUUCGCAGGCCAGUGUUGUCGAGGGGCAGCAGCUGACCCUGCCCUGUGCCUUGCUUGCCGGGAACCCUCUCCCCACGCGUCGGUGGACUAAGAACUCAGCCACGUUGGUCCAGAAUCCAUACAUCAGCAUCCGCAGUGAUGGGAGUCUGCAUAUAGAGCGAGCCCGCCUCCAGGACGGUGGCACUUACACCUGUGUGGCCAGUAACGUGGUGGGCACCAGUAACCGGACCACCAGGGUGGACGUGCAUGUGGUUCCCACCAUCCAGCACGGACAGCAGGUCCUGAGCACCAUCGAAGGUGUCCCGGUCACCCUGCACUGCAAAGCCAGUGGGAUCCCCCAACCAUCCAUCACCUGGUCCAAGGGGGGGCAGUCCGUGCCCGGCGACGGCCACUUCCUGGUGGGCACAGACGGCGGCCUGCACGUGGCGGAGCCCCGCGGCGAGGACGGCGGCGAGUACACGUGCACGGCCAGCAACGCGGCCGGCCAGGCGCGGCGCAAGGUGCAGCUCACCGUGUACGUGCGGCCCCGGAUCGCGUCGCCGGCGCCCCCGGAGCUGUCGGUGUUGGCCGGCGCAGAGGUGACGCUGCCGUGCGAGGCGACGAGCCUGCCCCCACCCGUGGUCUCCUGGGCGCGCGACCGCCGCCUCAUCUCGCCCUUCUCGCCCAGACACACCUUCCUGCCGUCUGGAUCCCUGAAGCUCACUGACGCCCGGGUCUCCGACGCUGGCCUGUAUGUCUGUGUGGCCACAAAUAUCGCUGGAAACGUGACCCAGUCUGUGAAAUUAAGUGUCCAUGUCCCUCCGAAGAUUCAGCCUGGCCCCAAGCACCUCAAGGUGCCCGUGGGUCAGAGCGUGGAGCUCCCGUGCCAGGCCCAGGGCUCGCCCCGACCCGAGCUCACCUGGCAGAAGGAUGGCCGCGCCCUGCAGGAGUCCGGACCGCGGGGGGUCCUCACCCCCGAAGGCUCCCUGCGCAUUCCCCAGACCCUUCUCUCCGACACGGGCGUCUACACCUGCGUGGCCACGAACGUGGCGGGCAGAGAGGAAGCGGAAAUCACACUCCAUAUCCAAGAACCCCCGACGCUGGGAGAAUUGGACCCUCCCUACAACACCCCGUUCCAGGAGAGAGUGGCCAACCAGCGCAUAGCGUUCCCGUGUCCUGUGACAGGGACCCCGAAACCGACCAUCAAAUGGUUACGAAAUGGCCGUGAGCUGACGGGCCGAGAGCCGGGUGUUUCCGUGCUGGACGAUGGCGCCUUGUUGGUCAUUGCUGCUGUUAGUCUCUACGACAACGGGGAGUACAUCUGUGUGGCGGUGAACGAAGCCGGGACCACGGAAAGGAAAUACACCCUCAAGGUCCACGUUCCGCCGGCUAUUAAAGAUACAGAACAAGCCACGAACGUGUCGGUGCUGGUAAACCACCUGACCAGUCUCUUCUGUGAGGUGGAAGGCACGCCGGCUCCCAUCGUCACGUGGUACAAAGACGACGUCCAGGUGGCCCCGAGCAGCACUGUUCACAUCGUCAACGGCGGGAAGACCCUGAAGCUCUUCCGGGCGGCAGCCGAGGACGCGGGAAGAUACUCCUGCAGAGCCAUCAAUAUCGCGGGCACGUCGCAGAAGUACUUCAACAUCGACGUGCUAGUUCCACCCAGCGUGACGGGGGCCAGCUCACCCGGUGAGGUCUCGGCUGUGCUGGGCCAGGACGCGACCCUGGAAUGCCGGGUCACGGGAAACCCCUUCCCCUCCGUUCACUGGGUCAAGGACAGCAAGCCUCUAUUUUUGGGAGACCCCAACAUUGAGCUUCUGGACAGAGGACAAGUGCUGCGUUUGCGGGCACUCCGGAGAGGGGACAAGGGACGCUACCAGUGUGUGGUGACCAACGCUGCCGGCAAGCACACCAAAGACGUCAAGCUCACCGUCCACAUCCCCCCGAGCAUCAAGGGCGGGAACGGGACCCUGGAGGUGUCGGCGCUGGUCCACAGCAGGAUCAAGCUGGAGUGUGAGCCGCGGGGACUGCCCCUGCCCACGGUCACGUGGUCCAAGGAUGGCCAGCCAGUCCUCCCGGGCUCCCAGGUCCUCUAUGUCGAGAAGGGACAGUUUCUCCACAUCCCGAGAGUGCAGGCCUCUGAUGCGGCCACCUACACGUGCCAUGCCACCAAUGUCGCCGGAACAGCUGAAAAAUCCUUCCGUGUCGAUGUCUAUGUGCCUCCCACCAUCGAGGGGGACGCGGCCGGGUUCCGGACGAAGCAGGUGGUCCUGGCCCACCCCCUGACCCUGGAGUGCAACGCGGCCGGCCACCCGCCGCCCACCCUCACCUGGCUGAAAGACGGGGUCCCCGUGCGGGCCGGCGACCACGUCCGCCUGGGCGCGGGCGGGAAGAAGCUCGAGCUCCUGAGCGUCCUGGAGGCCGACCAGGGCCAGUACGUGUGCGUGGCCAGCAGCGUGGCCGGAGAGAAGGAGAUCAGAUACGAGGUGGAGGUGCUGGUGCCCCCAGCGCUGGACGGGGGGGACGACGUCUCCUACUCCAUCGUGAUGGCCAGCAACCUGCUGGAGCUGGACUGCCCCGUCUCGGGCUUGCCGCCGCCCACCAUCACGUGGCAGAAGGAUGGACAGGUCAUCGACGAAAGGGACGGCGUCAAGGUCCUGCUGAAUGGGCGCAAGCUGGUCAUCGCCCAGGCCCAGGUGCGGGACACGGGCAUCUAUCACUGUGUGGCCACCAACGCGGCCGGCAAGCACGAGAAGGAGUUCGAAGUGUCCGUCCAUGUGCCGCCCUCCAUCAAGCCCUCCGGCCCGUCCGAGAGAGCGGUGGUCACCCGUCAGCCCGUCAGCCUGCAGUGUGUCGCCCAUGGCAUCCCCAGCCCGGCCCUCACGUGGCUGAAGGACAGCCAGCCCGUGGACACGGCCCGCGGGGGCCUGCGGAUCCAGUCUUCGGGCCGAGUCCUGCAGAUCGCCAGUGCCCAGCUAGAGGACGCCGGCCGGUACACGUGCGUGGCCACCAACGCGGCCGGAGAAGCUCAGCGUCACGUCCAGCUCCAUGUCCACGUGCCGCCUCACCUGGAGGAUGCUGGGAAAAUGCUGAACGAGACCGUGGUGGAGAACAGCCCCAUCCAACUGGAGUGCAGAGCCGCUGGGAACCCCCCUCCCGCCAUCACGUGGUACAAAGACAAUCGUCUCCUCUCGGGGGCCCCCGGGGUCACCUACCUGAACAGGGGCCAGGUCCUGGACAUCGAGAGGGCGCAGGUCUCGGACGCCGGCGUCUACAAGUGUGUGGCCAUGAACUCGGCGGGGGCCACUGAGCUGCUGUACAGCCUGCAGGUCCAAGUGCCCCCGAGCAUCUCUGGCAGUGGCCACGUGGUGACCGUGGUGGUGAGCAACCCGGUGAAGCUGGAGUGUGAGGCCAGGGGCAUCCCCGCCCCGAGUCUGACCUGGCUGAAGGACGGCAGCCCUGUCUCCGGGUUCGCCAGCGGCAUCCAGGUCCUGUCUGGGGGCCGCGUGCUCGCCCUGACCAGCGCCCAGAUCAGCGACACGGGCAGGUACACCUGUGUGGCCGUGAACCCGGCCGGUGAGCAACAGAGGGACGUCGACCUCAAAGUCUACGUCCCCCCCAGCAUCCUGGGAGAAGAGCAGACCGUGUCCGUGCGGGCCGGCCAGCCCCUGCGCCUGGUCUGCGAGAGCGACGCCCUGCCCCCGCCCGCCCUGGCCUGGCUCCGGGACGGCCGCCCGCUGCUGAGGAGGCCGGGCCUCAGCCUGUCUGCAGACGGGAGCCAGCUGCAGAUCGAAGAGGCCCAUGUGCGUGACGCCGGCCGCUAUACCUGUGAGGCAUCCAACGUCGCUGGGAAGACCGAGAAAAAUUAUAAUGUCGACAUCUGGGUGCCCCCGAAGAUCGCGGGCUCCGGAGAGCCCGCCCAGCCGCUCACAGUGGUGGAGGGCGGCCUGGUCAGUCUCCUGUGCGAGUCCAGCGGCGCCCCGCCCCCCACCCUGCUGUGGAAGAAGAAAGGCUCCCCGGUGCUGCUGGACACUGCAGGGCGCGUCCGAACUCUCUCGGGAGGGCGACAUUUGCAGAUCUCGAUGGCUGAGGAGUCGGACGCGGGGCCCUACACCUGCGUGGCUUCCAACGUCGCGGGAACGGCCGAGAAGAAUUACAGCCUGCAAGUGUACGUGCGACCCACCAUCGCCCACAGCGACGGCCGCCCGGCCGAAGUCACCGUGACCCGCGGGGAGAGUGUCUCUCUGGAGUGUGAGGUGCAGGGCACGCCCGCCCCGGCGGUCACCUGGAUGAGGGACGGCCGGCCCCUGGUCACGGGAAGGGCCGUGGACAUCCUGGAGGACGGCCGCGUCCUCCAGCUGAAGAGCGUCCACGUGUCGGACAGUGGCCGCUACGUGUGCGUGGCCACGAACGUGGCGGGCAUGAGCGACCGGAAGUACGACCUGAGCGUGCACGCUCCCCCGAACAUCCUGGGCGACCACAACGCCCCCGAGAACGUCAGCGUGGUGGAGAAGAGCUCCGUGUCCCUGACCUGCGAGGCCUCGGGGGUCCCGAUCCCCUCGGUGACCUGGCUUAAGGACGGCUGGCCCGUCAACCUCGGCGGCUCCGUGAGGAUGCUCUCAGGAGGCAGGACUCUGCGGCUGCUGCAGGCCUGGCCCGAGCACGCCGGCCAGUACACCUGCGUGGUGAGGAACGCAGCCGGCGAGGAGAGGAAGGCCUUCAGCCUCUCAGUACUAGUGCCACCUCGGAUCGUGGGGGAAAACACCCUUGAAGAGGUGAAGGUGAAGGAGACCCAGAGCGUGACGCUCACCUGCGAAGUGUCAGGGAACCCGACGCCGGACGUCACCUGGCGCCGAGACGGGCAGCCCCUCCCGGAGGACGACACCCUCCGCGUGCUCUCCGCGGGCCGUUUCCUCCAGAUCAGCAGCGCCCACGUCUCCCACGCCGGGAGAUACUCGUGCUUGGCCUCCAACGCCGCCGGGGACCGCAGCAAGGCCUUCAGUCUCAACGUGUUGGUCUCGCCCACCAUCGCCGGCGCAGACGGGGACGGCAGCCCCGAGGACGUCACCGUUAUCCUCAACAACCCCACCUCGCUGGUCUGCGAAGCCCACUCGCACCCGCCGGCCACCAUCUCCUGGUUCAAGGACGGAACCGCCCUGGAGUCCAGCCGGAACCUCCGCAUCCUGCCAGGCGGCCGGACCCUGCAGAUCCUGAACACGCAGGAGGAUGACGCCGGCCGCUACUCGUGCGUGGCCACCAACGAGGCAGGCGAGACCAUCAAGCAGUACGAGGUGAAAGUGUACAUUCCCCCCAUCAUCAACAAAGGGGACCUGCUGGGGCCCGGGCUGUCCCCGAAGGAGGUGAAGAUCCGUGUGAACAACACGCUGACCCUGGAGUGCGAGGCCUAUGCCGUCCCCUCGGCCGCCGUCAGCUGGUACAGAGAUGGACAGGCCCUGAAGUCGGACGACCACGUCACCAUCGCGGCCAACGGGCACCGGCUGCAGAUCAAGGAGGCCCAGAUCUCGGACACGGGCCGGUACACGUGUGUGGCCUCCAAUGUCGCGGGCGAGGAUGAGCUGGACUUCGACGUGAACAUACAAGUGCCCCCAAGCUUCCAGAAGCUCUGGGAGAUCGGGAACAUGCUGGACACGGGCAGGACCGGCGAGGCCAAGGACGUGAUCGUCAACAACCCGCUGACCCUGCACUGUGAGACCAGCGCCGCCCCACCCCCGACGCUCACCUGGUUCAAGGACGGCCGGCCCCUGACCUCCAGCGACAGGGUGCUGGUCCUGCCGGGGGGCCGAGGGCUGCAGAUCCCCCGGGCCAAGGCUGAGGACGCCGGCAGGUACACGUGUGUGGCCGUGAACGAGGCAGGGGAGGACUCGCUGCUCUACGACGUCCGCGUGCUCCUCCCGCCGGCCAUCAAGGGCGCCAGGGGCUCCGUCCCCGAGGAGGUGGUGGUGCUGGUGAACAGGAGUGCCCGGCUGGAGUGUGUCCCCAGUGGCAACCCAGCCCCGAGGGUCACCUGGCAGAAGGACGGGGCCCCCCUGGCCGGGAGCGCCCACCACGAGCUGCUCUCCGGUGGGAGGAUCCUGCAGAUCCUCAACACCCAGAUGGCGGAUAUCGGCCGGUAUGUGUGCAUCGCCGAGAACACAGCUGGGAGUGCCAAGAAGUACUUCAACCUCAACGUUCACGUUCCUCCCCGCAUCAUCGGCCCCAACCCCGAGAACCUCACGGUCGUGGUGAACAAUUUCAUCUCCUUGAGCUGCGAGGUGUCUGGGUUCCCGGCCCCGGACGUGAGCUGGCUCCAGGACGGACAGCCGGUCAAGCUGGGUCCCAAUGCCCUGGUGAUCCCUGGUGGCCGCACGCUGCAGCUCAUCCGUGCCCAGGUCUCGGACGGGGGCGAGUACACCUGCCUGGCCGUCAACCAGGCCGGAGAGAGCAAGAAGAGGGUCUCCCUGACGGUGCACGUGCCCCCCAGCAUCAAGGACCAGGGCGGCGAGUCUCUGUCCGUCCUCAACGUCCGCGAAGGCAGCUCCGUGUCGCUGGAGUGCGAGUCCAACGCCGUCCCCGCCCCCAGCAUCAGCUGGUACAGGAACGGGCGCCUGAUCGUGGGGUCGCCCCAGCUGGACGUGCUCGCCGACGGCCAGGUGCUGCACAUCCGGGAGGCCCAGGUGUCCGACACGGGCCAGUACGUGUGCCGGGCCGUGAACGUGGCCGGGCGGGACGACAAGAACUUCCACCUCAACGUGUUUGUGCCCCCGACCAUCGAAGGGCCCGAGCGCGAGGCCGUCGUGGAGACCGCGGGCAACCCCGUGACCCUCGCCUGCGACGCUGCCGGCAUUCCCCCGCCCACCCUAACGUGGCUGAAGAACCACAAGCCCAUCGAAAGCUCGGACUCCCUGGAAGUUCACAUCAUGUCUGGGGGCAGCAGACUCAAGAUCGCCCGCACGCAGCGCUCGGACGGCGGCAACUACACCUGCAUCGCGUCCAACCUGGAAGGCAAAGCACAGAAGCUCUACAGCCUCUCCGUCCACGUUCCUCCGAGUGUUGCGGGUGCGGAAACGCCCAGUGAAGUCGGGGUCCUGCUGGGAGAGAAUGUGGAGCUCGUCUGCCAGGCCAGCGGCUUCCCUGCCCCCAACCUUCGAUGGCUGAGGGACGGGAAACUCCUGCAGGUCCGCGAGGCGGAACGAGCCCGGGUGACGGUCGAAGGCAGCACCUUGAGCAUCCUCGGGGCGCGCGCCUCAGACUCGGGGAAGUACACGUGCGUGGCCACCAACGCCGCGGGGGAGGAGGACAGAGUCUUCAACGUGAACGUCUACGCCCCCCCUGCCAUUAGGGGGAACCGAGAAGAGGCGGAGAAGCUCGUGGCGCUCGUGGACACCUCCAUCCACAUUGAAUGCAGAGCCACGGGGACUCCCGCCCCGCAGAUCAGCUGGCUGAAGAACGGGCUCCCCCUGCCCCUGUCCUCCCACCUCCGGCUGCUGUCCGGAGGGCAGGUCAUCAGGAUCGUGAGAGCGGAGGUGUCGGACGGAGCCACAUACACCUGCGUGGCCUCCAACAGAGCCGGGGUGGAUAAUAAACACUACAGCCUGCGGGUGCUCGUGCCCCCGAGCAUGGACCAGGCCACGGGGACGGAGGACAUCACUGUGCUCCAGGGCAGCUCUGCCUCCAUGACGUGCUUCGCGGAUGGAACCCCGGCCCCCAGUGUGUCAUGGCUGAGAGACAACCGGCCCCUGCGCCCGGAUGCCCGCGUGACCAUCAGCUCUCAGGGGAUGGCCCUGCAGCUCCUCGCAGCAGGCAUCGAAGAUUCCGGAAGAUACACCUGCGUCGCCGCCAAUGAGGCGGGAGAAGUCAGCAGACACUUCCAACUGAAGGUGCUGGAGCCGCCGCGUAUCAACGGCUCGGAAGACACCCGGGAGAUCUCCGUGGUGGUCACCAACCCUCUGGAGCUGACCUGCGUGGCGUCCGGCAUCCCGCCACCGAAAAUCAGCUGGAUGAAAGACGGGCGGCCCCUGCCCCCGAGGGAGCGGCUGCAGGUGUUCGAGGAAGGCCGCGUGCUCCGGAUCGGGAGUGCUCAGGUGGAGGACACGGGAAGAUACACGUGCCUGGCGUCCAGUCCUGCCGGAGAUGACGACCAGGAGUACUUAGUCCGAGUGCACGUGCCUCCCAACAUUGCUGGUGCGGAGGACUCCCCGGCGUCCACGGUGCUGAGGAACAGGCAGGCCACCCUGGAGUGCCGCUCGGACGCUGCGCCCCCGCCCGUGGUCACCUGGCUGAAGAACGGGGAGCGCUUGCAGGCCACCCCCCGAGUACGCAUCCUGUCCGGAGGCCGGUACCUGCAAAUCAAUAACGCGGACCUGGGCGAUGCCGCCAACUACACCUGCGUGGCCGCCAACGUGGCCGGGGAGACCAGGAGGGAGUUUGUCCUCACCGUCCACGUUCCCCCCAGCAUCCGCGCCGGCCCCCAGAGCCUGGUGGCCCACGUGAACAAGUCGGCUUCCUUGGAGUGCUCUGCCGAAGGGGUACCGAGCCCCCGGGUCACCUGGCGGAAAGAUGGCGCUGUUCUCUCUGGGACCCACGCAAGAUACUCCAUCCUGGCCGAUGGUGUUCUACACAUCCCUGCGGUGCAGGUGACGGACACGGGGCGUUUCCUCUGCAUGGCCACCAACGCUGCGGGCACGGACCGGCGGAGAAUAGACCUGCAGGUCCACGUGCCUCCGGCCAUCGCUCCGGGCCCGGCCAACGUCACCGCCCCCGUGAACUUGCAGACGACGCUGGCGUGCGAGGUCUCGGGCUUACCCAAACCCUCGGUCGUCUGGAGGAAGAAUGGGCAGCCGCUCAGCGUGGAUCAGAACCAGAACUCGUACAGGCUUCUCUCCUCCGGCUCCCUGGUCAUCAUCUCCCCGUCUGUGGACGACACAGCCACGUACGAGUGCGUCGCAGCCAACGAGGCCGGGGAGGAGCGGAGGACCACGGCUCUCACCGUCCAAGUUCCCCCGUCGCUGGCCGAUGAGCCCACGGACCUGCUGGUCACCCGCGGGGCCCCCGCCGUGCUCCCCUGCUCGGCUGCGGGUGUCCCGCCACCCACCGUGACCUGGAUGAAGAAUGGCGGCAGGCUGCUGCCCAGGGCGCCCGGCUCCAGGCUGCUGGCCUCGGGAGCGAUCGAGAUCCCCGCCACAGAGCUGCACCACGCCGGAAGGUACACGUGUGUGGCCCGAAACGCGGCCGGGGCUGCCCACCGCCACGUGACUCUGCGCGUCCAGGAGCCUCCCACCAUCCGGCCGCAGCCCAGUGAGCUGGACGUCAUCCUCAACAACCCCGUCCUCCUACCCUGCGAAGCCACGGGGGUCCCCAGCCCCUCCGUCACCUGGCAGAAAGAAGGCAUCAGCGUGCUCACCUCAGGCAAAAGCCACGUGGUCCUUCCCACGGGCGCCCUGCAGAUCCCCAGGGCCGAGAGAGAGGACGCCGGCCUGUACAUGUGUGUGGCUCAGAACGCCGCUGGCACGGCCUUGGGAAAGAUCAAGCUGAACGUCCGAGUUCCCCCGGCCAUCGGCGCCCCCGCUGAGGAACACCUCACCGCCGUGGACAAGCCCAUCUCCCUGCCUUGCGAGGCAGACGGCCACCCGCCACCCCACAUCUCCUGGCACAAAGAUGGGCGUGCUGUCCCCGAGUCCCUCCGCCUGCGCGUCCUCAGCUCGGGGGCCCUACAGAUCGCGUUUGCCCAGCCAGAAGACGCUGGUCAGUACACGUGCCUGGCCACCAACGUGGCAGGAUCGGCCAGCGUGAGCACCACGCUCAUAGUCCACGUCCCUCCUCGGAUCCACAUCCCAGAGGAGCACUACACAGCCAACGAGAAUUCCCGAGCCGUCCUCCCAUGCACGGCUGAUGGGGUCCCCACGCCCACAGUCCACUGGAAGAAGGACAACGUGCCUUUAGCCAACUCACUAGGGAAAUACACUGUGGAGCCCUACGGAGAACUCGUUCUGGAGAACGUUCUGCCGGAGGACGCGGGCGCCUACACCUGCGUCGCUGCCAACGCCGCAGGCGAGGACACCCGCACGGUGACCCUCACGGUGCACGUGCUCCCCACCUUCACCGAGCUCCCCGGGGACGUGGCGCUGAACAAGGGCGACCGGCUGCGCCUGAGCUGCAGAGCCACAGGCCUCCCGCUGCCCCGGCUCACGUGGACCUUCAACAACAACAUCCUCCCAGCCCACUUCGACAGUGUCAAGGGACACAGUGAGCUUGUUAUUGAGCGCGUGGCCAAGGGGGACGCCGGCACGUACGUCUGCACAGCCGAGAACAGCGUGGGCUUUGUGAAGGCCAUCGGAUUUGUUUACGUGAAAGAACCUCCGGUCUUCAAGGGCGAUUACCCUUCCAACUGGAUCGAGCCCCUGGGGGGCAACGCCAUCCUGGACUGUGAGGUGAAGGGGGACCCCGCCCCGACCAUCCAGUGGAGCCGGAAGGGGGUGGACGUUGAAAUCAACCACCGCAUCCAGCAGCUUAGCAACGGCUCCCUGGCCAUCUACGGCACCGUGAACGAGGACUCGGGCGACUACACCUGCGUGGCAGCCAAUGACGCGGGGGUGGUGGAGCGGAGCCUGAGCCUGACCCUGCAGAGUGCGCCCACCAUCGUGCUGGAGCCGGAAGACACCGUCGUGGAGGCUGGCGGCAAAGUCCUCCUGAACUGCCAGGCCGAGGGCGAGCCCACGCCCGCCCUCUCGUGGUCCCGGCAGGGCCUGGCCAUCCCCUGGGACGCGAGGCUCCGCAUGCUGCCCAAUGGCUCCCUGUCUAUCGCCCCUGCCCGGAGGGACGACACGGCUGAGUACGAGUGCGUGGCCCGGAACGUGAUGGGCUCCGUGCUCAUCAGGGUCCAGGUCACUGUCCAGGUUCACGGGGGCUUUUCGCCGUGGUCCGCCUGGAGACCCUGCAGCGUCAGCUGUGGGAAAGGGCUGCAGAGAAGGAGCCGGUCGUGUGACAGCCCCUCCCCGGCCAAUGGCGGGAGCCCAUGUGCAGGAGCGGACUCCGAGACUCGCCCCUGCCAGCCCAGACCGUGCCCAGUGGCUGGAGGCUGGUCGGCGUGGAGCCCAUGGGGGGAAUGCACGCAGAGCUGUGGGCGUGGCAACCAGACCCGGGUGAGGACGUGCAGCAACCCGCCCGCCCAGCACGGGGGCCGGCUGUGUGAGGGCAGCGCCGUGGAGGUCAUCAUGUGCAACAUCCGGCCCUGCCCAGUUCACGGAGGCUGGAGCCCGUGGCAGCCGUGGGGCACGUGCAGCCAGACCUGUGGCAAAGGGGCCCAGACUCGAACGAGAGCGUGCAGUAGCCCUCCCCCAUCCGCUGGGGGGUCCUACUGCGACGGCGCGGGGCUCCAGACACAGAGCUGCAAUGAGAGACACUGCCCAGUUCACGGCAGCUGGACCAGCUGGGGCCCCUGGGGUGCCUGCUCUGUGUCCUGCGGCGGGGGCGCCAGACAGCGGACCCGGGACUGCUCCGAUCCUGCACCCCAGCACGGAGGAAGCACCUGCGCAGGGAGUGAUGCCCAGAGCGACUUCUGCGGCACCGACCCGUGUCCAGUGCCCGGCCACUGGGGCCCCUGGAGCAGCUGGGGCCUGUGCAGCCGCACGUGCGGCGGGGGCCAGGCGCGCCGGUACCGCGCGUGCGACAGCCCCAGGCCCGCGCUCGGCGGCGCCGCCUGCCCCGGACCCGACGCCCAGACGCGGCGCUGCGGAGACGACGCCUGCCCGGUGCACGGCGGCUGGGCCGGCUGGCAGGGCUGGAGCCGCUGCUCAGCGACCUGCGGCGGCAGCGGCGAGAGGACCCGGCGGCGCCUCUGCGACAGCCCCGCGCCCUCCCGGGGCGGCCGCCCCUGCGCCGGCGACGCCACGCAGAUCUCCAGGUGCGGCGCGCAGCCCUGCCCAGGUGGGCCCCAGCACGCCCGCGGGAGUGUUAUUGGAAACAUUAACGAUGUGGAGUUUGGACUCGCUUUCCUCAACGCCACGAUCACGGACAGCCCGACCUCUAACGCCAGACUGGUGCACGCCAGGAUCUCCAACGUGCCCCGAAGCAUCGGCCCGGCCAUGAGAAAGAUCGUCUCCAUCCUAAACCCCAUUUAUUGGACCACCGCGAAGGAAAUCGGGGAGGCCGUGAACGGCUUCACCCUCACCAACGCCGUCUUCAAGCGGGAGACCCAGGUCGAGUUUGCCACAGGAGAGAUCCUGCGGAUGACGCACACGGCCCGCGGCCUGGACUCGGACGGCGCCCUGCUCCUGGACGUCGUGCUCAGUGGCCGCAUCCUGCAGCUCCCGGGCCCGGCCCCCGUCACCUUAAAGGACUACAGCGAGGACUACGUCCAGACGGGCCCCGGCCAGCUGUGGGCGCGCUCCACGCGGCUGUUCUCCGAGGGCGGCGUGCGCGUCCCCUACACCUGGAACCACACGGUGCUCUACGACCCGGCCCGCGGCCGCAUGCCCUUCCUGGUGGAGACGCUGCAGGCCUCCGCCCUGGAGGCCGACUACAACCCCCUGGACGAGAGCCUGGCCUUCCGGGUCCACGCGGCCAUCUCCAAAGGAGAGCGCAGUAACCAGUGUCCAGCUGGAUUCACCCUGGACUCCGUCGGACCCUUCUGCACCGACGAGGACGAGUGUGCGGCCGGCACACCCUGCUCGCACGUCUGCCACAACGCCAUGGGCACCUAUUCCUGCUCCUGCCCGCCCGGGCUGGCCAUCGCUGCCGACGGCAGGACCUGCUCAGACAUCGACGAGUGUGCGCUGGACGGCCACAGCUGCCCCCCGACCCAGGCCUGCGACAACACCAUCGGCUCCUACCGCUGCGUCCUGCGCUGUGGCCCCGGGUUCCGGAGGACCCCGGACGGGCUCAGCUGCCAGGAUGCCAACGAGUGCCAGGAGUCCAGCCCCUGCCAGCAGCGCUGCUUCAACACCGUCGGGAGCUUCCAGUGUGCCUGUGACCCCGGCUACCAGCUUCGGGGCAGGAAGUGCCUGGACGUGAACGAGUGUCGGCAGAGCGUGUGCCGGCCUGACCAGCACUGCAGGAACACGCGUGGCGGCUACAAGUGCAUCGACCUCUGCCCCAGCGGCAUGACCAAGGCCCAGAACGGCAGCUGCGUGGAUAUCGACGAGUGCAGAGAUGGCUCCCACCAGUGUCGCUACAACCAGGUCUGCGAGAACACCAGAGGCAGCUACCACUGUGUGUGUCCCCGGGGGUACCGGGCCCAAGGACUGGGAAGACCCUGCGUGGACGUCGAUGAGUGUGAGCAGGUUCCCCGCCCGUGCGCCAUCCUCUGCUCCAACACCCUGGGCAGCUACAGGUGCCUCUGUCCGCCUGGGCAGCUGCUGCUGGCCGAUGGGCAGUCCUGUGCCGGGCUGGAGCGGCUGCCGAGGGCCGGGCCCCCGAGCCCGGAGAGGAGCCCCCAGCAGCCCCCACGGCGGUCCAGAGGGUUCUCCUGGCUCUCCAGCUCCUACGCGGAGUCCAGGCGCAGCUGGACGGGCCGCUCCCGGACUAGGAGGACGCCUAGGGGACCCUGCCCCCGCGGCACCGAGGCCGGCCCUGCCUCUUGCGGAGACAUCAACGAGUGUGAGAGCAGGGAGGCCUGUCAGCACGAGUGUCGGAACACGUUUGGCAGCUACCAGUGCCUGUGCCCGCCCGGCUACCAGCUGGCACCCAACGGGAAGACGUGCCAAGACGUGGACGAGUGCGCCGACGAAAGCGGGCGCUGCGGCCCGGCUCACACGUGCUUCAACACCCGGGGCAGCUUCCAGUGCAUCGACACGCCCUGCCCGCCCGGCUACCAGCGGGACCCGACCUCGGGGUUCUGCUUCCGGAGCUGCCCGCCCAACGCCGUGGAGUGCGUGCUGAGUCCCUUCGCGCUCGAGUACAAGCUCCUGGCGCUGCCCUCGGGCAUCGGCGCCCACCAGGACCUGCUGCGGCUGGCGGCCUACACGCAGGAGGGGGUGCUGCACCCCCGCACCUCCUUCCUCAUGGCCGACGCCACCCCGGCCGCCCCCUUCGCCCUGCGGGACGAGAACCUGAAGGGCGUCGUCUACACCACGCGCCCACUGCGCCAGCCCGACACCUUCCGGCUGCGGGUCCGCGCCCUGUCCCACGGCCCCAAUGGCACCGUCGAGUACCAGACCACCUUCAUCGUGUACAUCGCCGUGUCCGCCUACCCCUACUAGGGCCGGCCGGACGGCGGCGCCUCCCUAUUUAUUACACUGGAGCAGUGACUUCCGCAGC